AUGCUCAAUAUCCAGGUGGCACCCAAGGCAGAAGUAUACGAAGUCAAAGGAAACUGGAAUCAGUUGCAAGUGCCCUCAGAUUCCGAAUCAGACUACUCAUCCUCGUCCGAAGACGAUAUGUAUAACCCUACCCAAAUGAAGGGCAUCACGAAGAAAGCAGGAGCUAUCGAUUUGAAUGCGAAGCCGCAGUUGUCACGCAGAGAGAGAGAGGAGAUUGAAAAGCAGAGAGACGCUAGGCGGUAUCAGCAACUGCAUGCAGCAGGCAAGACUGAUGAAGCGCAAUCUGACAUGGCACGAUUGGAGCAAAUUCGAAAAAAGAGGGCCGAGGAUGCUGCACGUCGGGCUAUGUACGAAGAUGAUAAAGAAGAAGAGAUUGCCAACAAGAAAAAGGCUCUUAAGGGGAAAAAAUAAGCUCAGGGGCUGCCUCCAUGUGUUUUUUUCCCGGUGUUCCUAGUAGAGCUUCAAUUAGAAGCGGACGCAAGAUUGGGUGAACAUCGUUCUUUGUACUCAGUUCGAAUAUACCUAGUAAAGCACUGCGACAUAUCAAAGGCAAACAAUCUACACUUAGAGGCCUCUGAUAGUUGUAUCGGUCUCUCACUAACAGCUAUAUCGCCACUACAUCGUAACCAUAAGUGUUAACCAUAAGUGUUGUAUUUGUGAGAAGCACAUUGGUAUAGAGAUGCUGUGUAUCACUCCAUAAGCCACCCGUGAACACUAACCGCUGCUGCGACAUCCGAAGCGCAUCGAAUUGAAUAGAUUGGUAGUUGAGUGUAUAUCUCGAAUUAUAUAUCUCAAAUUAGAUCGCACUGGUAUCGAUCACUCUUUUGGUUUGAUCAGCAUUUCCGGAUCUUUUAUUUGAAAUUGGGGUCGGUGCUGUUUGACCUUGCGCCGCACUGUGUGGAUGAGUACAUGCACGAACAAAUAAAGUAUCCACAAUUAAUCUUCA